AUGUCUUCCACCGUCGCAACGUCGCAAGGGGCCGUUCCCACGCAGCGCAAGCUCACGGCGUCCGCCACCGUCGUCCAAGCGUCCGCUACAGUCGUGCAGGCGUGUCGUCAUGCCGCCGCGGAGCUCGAGAACUGGUCGCUCUGGGCCUACCGCUCCACCACCGGCGAAGAGUGGGACGCGCAGCCUGCGUGCUUCAUCACGGACUACCUCCUGGCCGUGCAGUGCUUUGCCUUCUCCGUGUACAUUGGUCUCUUUGCAGCAACAGACAAGGGUGAUCUCUCGUGGUAUCUCAUGUACUUUAUGGCGCUCGGGAUCUCCGCCGCGCUCGGCGGACUCUUACACCACGUGGCCUUUGAAGCAAUGCGCGACAUUGCGCACAAGCAGGAGGAGCACAUGGUCAAGACAGCGCGCAUCUUUGGCGUGAACCUCAGUCGCUCGACUGUGGACUUUCUGAUUGACGCUCUCUGGCGCGUCGUGCUCGCCUGUUCCAUCUUUACGAACUUUGCGCUGUUGUCGUUGGCUGCCAGCCGCCAUCUCCCAGAGACGUGGGCCUACUCGAUCAUUGGUCUAGCUGCAAUUGUCUAUGUGGUGCUAGCAGUCUGGGCCAGCGUCAGUAUGCACGCGGUGUUCCUCUUUGCGGGCUUCUUCCCAGUCAUGGUCUUUGGCCCCGCCGCGUGUUUCAUGACGUGGAAUUGGGAGUGGAGCCACUCGACGAAUGAGCUGCUUGUGUACGGGGUCAAGCUGCUCGGCGGUCUCAUCCAAGGCCUCGUCUGGGCCCCGAGCAAGGACAAGUUCAACCACAAUGCACUCUCGCACGUGUUCCUCAGUAUGGCAGCGACGCUGAUGCUCAUUCACUUUAAGUUCUGA